AUCCUCUCAGCAUCUCUUUUGAGCCAGCAAGGGAGUUGUACUGGUACCAUGGAAAGAGGGAGAAAAAGAAGGUCAAAUGAUUAAGGAGAGAAAGUCUGGAUUUUUUAGAAUUUAUUUCUUCUAUGGCUUCAAGUUACAAUACAUCAACAUACAUCUCUUGGCCUGAAGAGGAGUGAGAUUUUUUUUUUCUGCAUGAGCUCUUGUGUGUCACCAAGAUGCCAAUCCUAAGCCGAGAGUCUUCCAAAGAUUGCGCAAGCGGAGAUGCUCUACCAAAGCUGCCUCUGCCAAGCCUCAGUGACACUCUGGCCACAUAUCUGAGGUGUAUGAAGCACCUCCUCACUGAAGAACAGUUCAACCAGACCCAGAAUCUGGUGAAACAGUUUGGAGCCCCUGGGGGAGUGGGAGAGCUGCUGCAGAACAAACUUGUGGAAAAAAGGGAGAAAAAAGCCAACUGGGUUUAUGACUACUGGCUCAAUGACAUGUACCUGAAAAACAGACUGGCUCUACCCGUCAAUUCCAGUCCUGCAAUGGUUUUUCCCCAACAGAACUUCAAGGCUCCUAUCGACUCCUUAAGGUUUGCUGCGCAUUUGAUUUCAGGAGUUUUGGAAUACAAGGCUCUACUUGAUGCUCAUGCCCUGCCUGUGGACUAUGCCCGGGGCCAGCUCUCUGGAACACCUUUAUGUAUGGAGCAGUACUAUCACCUCUUCACAUCAUAUCGUUUACCAGGACCUGACAAGGACACACUUGUCGCCCAGAAGAGCAACGUGAUGCCGGAGCCUGAGCACAUCAUUGUGGCCUGUAAGAACCAGUUCUUUGUUCUGGAUGUGGUGAUAAAUUUCCGGAGACUAAAUGAAAGAGAUCUGCUGACACAGCUGGAAAAAAUCACUAAGAUGGCUGGCAGUGAAGAUGAGCCUGUCCCACCUAUCGGUCUUCUUACCUCAGAUGGACGGACAGAGUGGGCCCAGGCACGCAGUGUGCUGAUGAAAGAAUCAACCAACCGAGACUCCCUGGACAUGAUUGAGAGAUGUAUCUGUCUGGUUUGUUUGGAUGAACCAAAUGGAACUGAGCAAAGUGAUGCAACACGCGCUGCAAUGAUGCUGCACGGAGGGGGGCCAGGCACGAAUGGGGGAAACCGUUGGUACGACAAGCCGAUGCAGUUUAUUUUAGGAGCUGAUGGCUGCUGUGGAGUGGUGUGUGAACACUCAGCAUUUGAAGGAAUUGUUCUUGUGCAAUGCACAGAGUAUCUCCUUAAAUACAUGACUGGCAGUCCGUCAAAGCUCGUCAGGGCUGCAAGUGUAAGCGAGCUAAGUGCACCUCGCAGGCUCCGCUGGAAAUGCUCUCCAGAAAUACAAAAACUCAUCACCUCCUCUGCUGACAAACUCCAAAGAUUGGUGAAUAAUCUGGACAUGAACGUUUACAAAUUCUCUGACUAUGGGAAAGAUUUCAUUAAAAAGCAGAAAAUGAGUCCAGAUGCAUAUAUCCAAGUUGGACUACAGUUAGCAUAUUAUCGGUGUCAUGGCAGACCAGUGUCCACGUAUGAAAGUGCUUCAACACGUCGUUUUCAGAAGGGCAGAGUUGAUAACAUCCGCUCAGCCACACCCGAAGCUUUGGCAUUUGUCAGAGCAAUGACUGAUAAGAAGCUCAACUUAAGUGACAUGGAGAAGAUGGAGAUGUUACGAUGUGCCAUAAAUGCACAGACCAAGUAUACUGUUCUGGCCAUCACUGGGAUGGCAAUAGACAAUCAUCUAUUAGGCUUGCGUGAAAUGGCUUCUGAAAUGAAAAUAGAGAAACCUGCGAUCUUCACAGAUAAAGCUUAUCUCAUCAGUAAUCACUUUAUCCUCUCAACAAGUCAGGUCCCAACCACGGUAGAAAUGUUCUGCUGUUAUGGACCAGUGGUACCAAAUGGAUACGGCGCUUGUUACAACCCUCAGUCAGACCACAUCAUCUUCUCAGUGUCCAGUUUCCUUGAAAGCCUCGAGACGAGUUCUGCAGAAUUCGUAAAGUGCUUGGUGCAGGGACUUCUGGAUAUGAAGGACCUGUGCAACAAUUGCAACUCUGUCUCCAACCUAGUCGAGGGAGGAAAAAAUCCGUCUGCAGAGAUGAAAAUGCAAACAGAAAUCGAGAAUAAAACAUCACAGAAAAUAUCUGAGUCAAAUACGAAACAGCAAAGGAACCCACCGGUGAUGGUAAAAAGUACAAAACUGACCUUUCCAGAGGAAUGAAUGCAAACUUCUAUAAAAGGAAGGUGUAAAGGAACAAAAUCAAUCCUAGAUAAAUAUGGCUGAUGAUAUGUGGUAUGUUCAGAAUGUAUUUAUUGUGCAAUACUGUGUUUUUUCUCAGUCUAAAAGAAUGUACACUAUAACUGUGAUGAAGAAUAUAACAUUUGAACCUGCUGUACUGUAAACGUGUAUGUGGAGAUACUCUAAUUAUUAGAAUUAGAAAAUUAUUUUUUUAUGGGUAAAGCUUUAUAUCUGUUGUCAAAAGCAGUAGAAGAUUAAUUAAGUACAAAUAAAAAGUACUAGAUGGAAGCAAUAUUUAUCAAAAUCAGUUACUAUUUUGCACAAAGUGAGAUGUUUUGGUCAAAUAAUUUAUGUCUUAAUGAACUGCAGAUUAUAAAUUGUUUCAGUUUUGUUUACAUGUCAGCAUCAUUUUUUUAAAUGAAGCUUGCAUAGGGCUGUGAGUUAUUGCAACUAUCUGCUCGAUGCAGUCUAAUUGCUCACUGAUAUUUAAUGAUUUCCUUCAGAUUGUUUACUGCAGUGUUCAGCAUUAUCAUUAUCUGACUGUCUUUAUUAUUUUUAUUGUACCAACAAUAUGAACUGUAAUACUUGAGUCUUUACCAAAAUAAGGCACAAUUUGGUCAAAUUAUUUGCUUCAAAUUUGUAAUGUGUAUUCCCUGUAUGUUAUACACUGGGACUGACACUGUGCUUCUGUACAAAUAAAAAUUUUGUUAAGAUCUUGAAAGGGAUGCUCUCAGCAUCUGUAAGCAAAAGAUAAAAUUCAAGCAUUAUACUUUAAUUAAUGGAAGAUGUUAAUGCUGAUAAAACAGAUGUGAUCACUGUGUUUUUAAUGUCAGAGUAUUAUAACUGUGAGAUUUAAACUAUAUUAAAUGAUUCAAAUCAAAGUAAUGAAGUAGCUUCAGUCAUUUUUGUGUUCUAAAAGUAGAAGCAUAUUUUUAUUUCUGUGUUUUAUGAUCCUCUGUCAUAAGAAAAAAAUGGA